CUCUCGAGGGCCAGGCGCAGCGGGAUGUACCGACCGAGGCGCCCCCGCGUCUGGUUCCAGGCACCAGCCUCCACUUCUACGUGCUCUGGUCGCUGCAGGAGCCGCCCCGGCAGCUCAGCAGCGGAUCCAGCCAGAUGUGUUACCAGAUUCAGCUGCCUCUGCCCUUGCCAAAACAACUUGUGGUCUUUGGCUUGGGUGACUGGAAUCAUUACUCCCAAGACACAAGCAUCACUGUGGAGGUGCUGGUGAAUCCAGAUGUCAAGUCACAAUGGAUUGGCAAGCUGGGGUCUGAUGUAAGGUCUCUUGUGUGGGAAGGUGACUGGAGUGUGCAUGUUCUGAUGGCUUCAUUGAAACAGAUGGACAGUGGCAAUCCUGUUAAACUUCUCCUGACUGUUAAUGGGCAGCUGCUCCAGGGCAUCUCCAACAGCACUCCCACCCACCCUUUUCUGGCACUGGAGCCUACCCAGUCACCAGUUCUCCCAGAAGAUCCCAUGUCUCCCAUCCAGGUCUUGGACGAUCCCACUGAGGUUAAAGGUCAGAAUUUAGAGGUGACUGCCAGAGUACAAAGGCCCGGAAAGAAGGAUUUAUCUCCACUACCAAAAAGGCUGUUGGUGCAUUUUGCCCCAGACUCACCUGCUGACCAGAAGGCACCCAAGGAGACUAGGAGGAAAAUUUGCAAGCCUAGUGCUAUCCAGCUAAAGAAGCCUAGGAAAGUCUUGUUCGAGCCCACGGCAUGUAAAGGGGAGCAGGAUGCUGACGACUUGGAGGUGAAGGAGCUGCAAGUUUGUCCAAGCCCACGAUGGUGUCAUGCCAUGUGCCUCAGUGACCCAGAAACAGCCAUUCUGUUUGGUGGAGAGGGAGCCAAUCAACAGCCUUGCAAGGAUGCUCUCUGGAAACUAGAGAUUGACAAUGAUUUCUGGUUUCCCAUGGAUCUGCCACCACUGGGUUCUGUGCCGCUCUGCUCACAUGGCCACACUGCCACCUACGACCCGGACACCAAACGCAUCUACGUCUUUGGGGGCAUGAAGGAGGGCAAGUGCUACAGCACCAUCUACAUCCUGGACACAGCCACCUGGAAGUGGCUUCUUGUGACUGCCAAGGGGAAGGUGCCGACACUGGCCUACCACAGUGCCACCAUCUACCACAAGGAGCUUUUUAUCUUUGGAGGGGCUUUCCCCAAGAUGGCCUCCUUUGAGUCCAGGGCCUGCAGCAACAUGCUCUACAUUUUCAACUCUGAGUACAAGAUUUGGUACCAGCCCAUUGUGGAGGGAGAGAAGCCUUUACCUCGGCUCGGCCAUUCAGCCACUCUGCUGAGAAACAAGCUGGUCAUCUUUGGAGGUCAGAGGACCCCUUUGUACCUGAAUGACGUGCACAUCCUGGAUCUGGGUUACAUGGAGUAUAUUCCAGUCCCACUUCAUUCAGGACAACCUUCUGCACGCUGCUUCCAUGCUGCAAUGCCAGUGUCUGACCAGAAGGUACUGAUUAGUGGAGGCUGCAAUGCCAAGGGAGCCCUGCAAGAUGUAUUUACUUUUCACCUUGACACCUUUGCAUGGAGUGCAGUGACACACAGUCACCUCUCCUCGGUGCCCCGGGCUGGCCACACACUGCUCAAUCUCACCUCUGCCCAUCUGACCGAUGUGGACAAGGAGAGCCAGGGCAAACACAACCUGUGCACCGUGCUAGUUUUUGGUGGCUCAGACUGUGCUGGGACUUUCUACAAUAGCACAAGCAAGAUACAGCUGGACCUAGAGGAGACCCCGCCCAGGACAGUAGGGGUUCUGUGUCGUGGUAAAUAGAGACAGUGGAUAAACAGUGGAUGGCAAUAAAUUCAAGCAAAGACAUGAACCAGGUUUACAUGUAGGUGAAAUAUGCCCCACAGUUGGAAUGUGUCCCUGAAAGCUAUAGUGGCUUCUUGCCUAUGUUGGGGCCCAUGGACAUGCAGUCUGAGGACUAGGCACAAAUCCCAGCCCCACCUCAGCUUUCAGUCUAUGCUUUGACUCGAAUUCAUCCUGUGAAGUCUGAACUAAAUCUGCAGUGUCCUUGUUAGGAGUUCUGUUCAAGACCUUAGAGAAAAUCCUUCUCUUUACUUUCCUCUCCUGCUGUAUCUCACUUCUCUUCCCUGCUCUAAAUCCCAGCUUGUGUUGGGCAGAUGGCUAUUAGCAUAGAAAUUAAGGUGACCUCAUGUAUUCGCUCUUAGCUGUGUGAGGAAAAGGGGUUGCGGCAAGCUCUGAAGAGAGAACUGUAAGGUAGGGAUGCGAGUCCCCACCUUACAGCUGGCUGAAUCUCAGGUGAAACUUGGUAGUUCCUCUCUGCUAUGGAGAAAUGGGGUUGGAAGGGCUGCUGGAUAGAUGAGAAUUCACCACCCAGAAACUUCCCUCUGGGGAGAAAAUAUUGCUAGGAAGUGAGUGAUUGGCUUUCUACAAGUGGCUGAAAAGCAUCUGAUGCUGUGUGAUGUCUGGGUGUAAGUGGCAUGCUAUCCGGGGAUGGGAAAGAGAAUAUUGCUUUGGCUAAUGAGGGAGCUGGCUGCUAUGUCAGCAAUUAGGGAGAUUGGUUCUCCGAGGUUGCUGCUUGGGAGAGGGAAGACACAUAGAUCACCCAGCAGCCUGGGACAACUAAUGUCCUUCAUAUUGUCACUACUGGCAUGGCAGCCAUGAUGUAAUGUAGCUGUUGGUUGUUCCCUACUAGAGUAGAGACCUGUGGUUGGGCUCUAUCUCUCACUGUCUCAUCUUUCCUGCACCUACACCAGGGGUGGGCAAUAAUUUUAGAAAGGGGGGCCACUUCACAAAUUUUGAAGUGGCCCUGGGCUGCCCCAGAAGGGGCAGGGCCUCAGGCAGGACCUGGGCCAGGACACUUCCUUGCUCCCCAACCCACAGACCCUGAUUGGCCUGGGAGAACAUAUGAAGUCUUCGUCCCCUAUCCCCAGAGAGAACCACCAGCUGUUCUGAACAAUCAGCGCCUGGGGGUGGGGGAGCGGG